GCUGCAUUUGUCUCACACCCAGUUUCAUCUGGCCACGUUGUUUCACGCUGGAUGUGCUAAAUAAGCAUCAUGGCCGCCUUCUGUGAGCAACUCGCGCCGCACUUUUCUAGAAUUCGGACCCCUCUGAAUGGCGAAAAGAUAUAUAAAGACGAAUGCGUCUUCUCCUUCGACACACCGGAAUCAGAAGGUGGUCUUUACGUCUGUCUAAACAGCUUUCUCGGCUUUGGACGAAAACAUGUUGAACGCCACUAUGCAAGAACAGGAAACGCCGUUUUUCUUCAUCUGAAAACGAUAAAGAAAAAGAUUGAAGUCACUGAAGAGGUGGUUGACAGAAGUGCGCCCAAGAGGUUGGCUAUCGGUUUGGAAGGUGGUUUUGAAGUGAACCGAAAGAACCAGUAUGAGUACAAACACCAUAAUUCUUUGGUCAUACUUCCUCGUUUUGAAGUUAUACCACUCCCAAACCCUGAGCUUCCGGAAGUGGUUCAGCUUUCAGUCUCCACAGUUUUGUCUGCAGACUCUGCAAGCCACAUAAAUGAACAGCAGGCUCUCGUUGGAACAUGGGAUGGAGAAAAGAGAGCAGUUUCAAAGCACAGCAAGACACUAAAGCAACUUGACAAUGGCGUCAGGGUCCCUCCACACGGUUGGAGGUGUGAAAUGUGCAACUUGACAGAGAACCUGUGGAUGAACCUAACAGACGGUGCAAUAAUGUGUGGUCGCAAGUUCUUUGAUGGCAGUGGUGGGAACAAUCAUGCUUUACAUCACUUCAAGCAGACGGGGUACCCUUUGGUCGUGAAGCUUGGAACGAUAAACCCAGACGGAGCAGACGUAUAUUCCUACGAUGAAGAUGACAUGGUUUUGGACUCCAAUCUGACAAAGCACCUUGAACACUUUGGUAUACAGAUAGCCAAUAUGCACAAGACUGACAAGUCGAUGGUAGAGCUGGAAAUCGACAUGAACCAGAGAGUUGGAGAAUGGGCUGUCAUUCAAGAGUCUGGUCACAAGCUGAAGCCCCUUUACGGUCCUUCGUACACGGGCCUCGCCAAUAUGGGAAACUCUUGCUACUUGAACUCAGUUAUGCAAGUUGUCUUCUCCAUACCAGAAUUCCAGAAGAAGUACUACGAUGAAUCUGACAGCAUGUUCGAUAAUGCUCCAGCUGAUCCAACGCAGGAUUUCUCAGUGCAAAUGUCCAAACUUGCUGUAGGGCUCCUAUCUGGUGAAUACUCAAAGGCGCCGACCCACGAUGGCAGCAAAGCGUCCAGUGAGGAUGAGGAACAGCCAGGCAUCAAGCCCAUGAUGUUCAAGACUCUGAUAGGCAAAGGCCACCCGGAGUUCUCUACGAAAAGGCAGCAAGAUGCUCAAGAGUACUUUCUGCACUUUUUAAACCUUGUUGAGAGGAAUUGUAGAGGCCAGUUAAACCCGGCAGAAUGCUUCAAAUUUGAAAUCGAGGAGAGGAUCCAGUGCAUGGUGUCGGGAAUGGUGCAGUACAACAAGCGAACAGAUUGCCUUCUUCCACUGCCUGUUCCUCUGCACUCUGCUUUGAACAAAAGUGAAGUGGACGCUUUUGAACUCCAGAGGGCGGAACUGCAGAAGAAAGGAGAGAGAAUAGAUCCAGACGCAGUCGUGAGAUCACAGAUCCCCUUGUCGGCGUGUUUGGAUGCGUUUGGUGCCGCGGAGCUUGUUGAAGAUUUUUAUAGUACAGCAGUCAACAAGAAGGUCACAGCACAGAAGACAACUCGUCUGCAGACAUUUCCAGACUACCUGAUGAUACAGCUGAAGAAGUUUGCCAUUGGUGAAAACUGGGUGCCCAAAAAGCUCGAUGUGUCGGUGAUCAUGCCUCAUGAGUUGGACCUGAGUUCGUUUCGUGGGCACGGCCUUCAGACAGGAGAAGAAAUCUUGCCUGAAGUGAAGACCACACAUGAAGGCUCAACACAAACUGUGGAACUGGAUGAAGCUGUAGUUGCUCAUCUGUGUGACAUGGGUUUCCCAAUUGAAGCUUGUAAGAAGGCGGUCUACUUUACUGAAAACUCUGGAAUCGAAGCUGCCACAGCUUGGGUCAUGGAGCACAUCGGUGAUGCAGACUUUGGCGAUCCUUUUAUACUUCCAAAUGCAUCGAAAAGCGAAACGGCGUUCAUUGCGGACCCAGCUGCACUGGCGACAGUCAUGUCCAUGGGGUUUACCCGGGAACAGUCUGCGAAAGCAUUGAAAGCUACAGACAAUAACGUGGAGCGUGCAAUCGACUGGAUUUUCAGUCAUGCCAAUGAGUUGGACUCCUCAUCUAUGGAAGUUGCUGCGGAAGUCCCAGUUGGUCCCAACAUUAAGGAUGGACCUGGAAAGUAUCAGCUGGCUGCAUUCAUCAGCCAUAUGGGUACCUCUACAAUGGUAGGCCACUACGUGUGCCACAUUUUGAAAGAAGGCAGAUGGGUGAUCUACAAUGACAACAAGGUUGCCGAGUCGGAGUGCCCGCCGAAGGACCUCGCAUACCUCUACCUGUACCGGAGGGUCUCGGCGUCCUCGUGACUAGCAACUCCUCCUCAGAAGCGCCUCAAGAAAGAUCACCAGCCUACUUGAUUGUGGCACUCCAAAGACGAAGUGGAUAAUUGUUCAUUCAGUAAAGUGAACUAAACCUCACGACGUGACACUCGUACUUGAAGUAGCAGCAUUUUCUUUUUCUUUUUUCAGUGUUACUGCUACCCUAUUUGCUCCAGGAAUUACAGAGAUACCUUUGUGUAAUGUAACAUUAUCAUACGGAACGCCUGGCUUUCGCAUGGCAUUGGCAGAGGAGGGAUACAUGAGGAGACUAACUACAGCAUUGUAAACAACGAAAUAUAAUGUUUUUUUGUUUUGUUUUAUAAAAAUGUGUCUUGGGCUUCUGAGGUUUUGGGUUGGACUCUGCCUAUCGAGCUGUGUUAAAAAAGAUUGAGCGGCAUUGGAUUGAAGUGUUGUGCGUUCCUGGCCUGAUUAUUUAUGGCAUUGUGUCAUGCUCUUAUUCCCACCAUUUCUGUACAUAUAUAAAGCUUCUGCUGAGGAGGAGAAAAGUGCUACUUUUUAUAUGUGUGAUGGUGCAGGAAACAAAUUCCUGCUAAACGGGGACAAAAAUAUCUGCAUUUCUUAGAAUGGGCUACAGAUUUGGAGCUUGAAUAAAGUAAAGUUUAUAUGACA